CGGUGACCGAGCGGAAAGCCUUUGAGAGCGGAGUCGGCGGGACCGAGCCGCCAUGGCCGGGGAGGCCGUGCAGAGCGACCCUGGAACUGUCCCUAUUUUCGAGCAACUGCGAUUGGACCAGAGCUCGGAUUUCUCAGAUACCUCAUUCCAACAGAAAUUGGAUGAAGCCAAAGAGCAGAUAAAACGUGAGAUCAGAAAAGAGUUGAAGAUAAAAGAAGGUGCAGAAAACCUGCGUAAAGCCACCACCGACAAAAAGAACUUGUCCAACGUGGAACAUGUCCUGAAAAACUCCAAUCGAAAACUGGAGGUCUUACAUGAACAGCUGCAAGACCUAAAUGCUCACAUUGUAGUGAAGGAUCCGGAGGAACUGCAAGAUGAACCUCAGUCACCUGGUACUGUAAGCAGGGAGGCUCGUUCCACUGCCAACAAGAACCGGAUUGUGGCUUUGGAGAAACAGCUUAAUAUCGAGAUGAAGGUGAAGCAAGGAGCUGAGAAUAUGAUCCAGAUGUACUCCGGUGCCCCAGUGAAGGACCGGAAGAUGCUGUCUACUGCCCAACAGAUGCUGCAAGACAGUAAAACCAAAAUUGAAGUGAUCCGUAUGCAGAUCCGCAAGGCCGUGCAGGCUGAUGAGUUGCACCUAGAAGAUGAGGAUGGCCAAGUGAAAGCAGAGCUAAGUCAGCUUGAGCUGAGGAUUGAAGAGUUGCGGCAUCACUUUCGGGUGGAACAUGCUGUAUUGGAAGGAGCAAAAAAUGUCCUCCGCCUGCUGGGGUCGGCCAAGGUUCAUGAUAAGAAAGCCCUGUCUGAGGCUCAGUCCCGGCUGAAUGAGUCGAGUGAGAAGGUGGAUUUAUUAAAGCAUUCUUUGGAGCAGAGAUUAAAUGAGCUUCCAGAAGAUCAUCCAAAGGGCUGUAUUAUUAAAGAGGAACUGGUUAUGUCAAGCUCUCCAGCAUUCAGUAAUCGGAAUAGCACUACGUACCAACAGAACCAGUACAGCACGCUUUACAAACCAUCACCACUGACAGGCACACUGGAGGUCCGGCUUGUUGGUUGUACGGGUCUUUUAGAGUCCGUUCCAGGGCGAUCCCGUGGCUCGGGUGUCCCUUUGCCUGCGUACAGCCCCAACGAGAGUCGGACUUCCUUCAUGAGCAGGACCAGCCGGGGUCUGUACGGAAGGAGUGGCAGUGGCAGUGGGCGCAACCUCAUCAUCAAAUCGGAAGAGUUAUCCAAUGAUGUGAGCGCCGUCCUCAAACUGGAUAACACCGUUGUGGGGCAGACAGCCUGGAGACCAGUUGGUGAACAAUCAUGGAAUCAAACAUUCACAGUGGAGCUGGAGCGUUCUCGGGAAUUGGAGAUCAGUGUUUACUGGCGGGACUGGCGUUCUCUCUGUGCCUUAAAAUAUCUCAAACUGGAAGACUUCCUGGAUAACCAACGGCAUGAAAUCCAGCUCGAUUUGGAACCUCAGGGGCUGCUCUUGACAGAGGUCACGUUUUCUAAUCCUGUGAUUGAACGAAUACCCAAGCUGCAACGGCAGAAGAAGAUUUUCUCCAAACAGCAAGGGAAGGCUUUCCUUCGAGCUCCUCAGAUGAAUAUUAACAUCGCCACGUGGGGUCGGUUGUUGAGAAAAGCAUUUCCUGCUAUUAAUUCCACAGGAACAUAUAGCCCCUCAUCUUACAUGGCUGCUGUCUCUGAGGGCAGGCAGACACCAUCCACCAACAUGCCUGGAGACUUACCGUUUGAAAAGUUGUCCUUUGAUAUGGAUGAGCCGUCAAGCACACCUCGAAAAGCUUCAUUGGAGUCGAGAAGCAGUACCAAUGGUGAUAGGACAACGCAGACUGAUGUCACUCAACCAGGAAAGCAGAUACCAUCUGCAUCUGAAUUGGAUGGUCACCAGCAAAGCACACAGCUGAACUCCUCACUGACUCUGGAUGACUUCAAGCUGAUCGCAGUUUUGGGCAGAGGGCACUUUGGAAAGGUUCUGCUAUCCGAAUAUAAAAAAUCAGGACAACUGUUCGCUAUUAAAGCCUUGAAGAAAGGCGAUAUUGUUGCAAGGGAUGAGGUUGACAGCCUUAUGUGUGAGAAACGGAUCUUCGAGACUGUAAACACCUCCAAUCAUCCAUUCCUCGUCAAUCUGUUUGCGUGUUUCCAAACCCCAGAACACGUAUGUUUUGUGAUGGAAUACACGGCUGGUGGAGAUCUCAUGAUGCACAUACACGCUGAUGUUUUCUCCGAGCCCAGGGCUGUGUUCUAUUCUGCAUGUGUUGUCCUUGGGCUGCAGUUCCUUCACGAUAACAAGAUUGUGUACAGGGAUUUGAAGCUCGAUAACUUACUCCUUGACACACAGGGUUAUGUCAAAAUUGCCGAUUUUGGACUUUGUAAGGAAGAUAUGGGCUAUGGAGAGCGGACCAGCACUUUCUGCGGGACUCCAGAGUUUCUUGCUCCCGAGGUUCUGACAGACACCUCCUACACCCGAGCUGUGGAUUGGUGGGGACUUGGUGUUCUCAUCUACGAGAUGCUGGUGGGAGAGUCUCCGUUUCCUGGGGAUGAUGAGGAGGAAGUAUUUGACAGCAUUGUCAACGACGAGGUUCGAUACCCACGAUUCCUGUCUACUGAGGCCAUCGCUGUAAUGAGAAGGUUGUUACGGAGGAAUCCUGAGCGUCGGUUGGGAUCCAGUGAACGGGAUGCUGAAGAAGUGAAGAAGCAACCAUUCUUCAGGGAGAUAGAUUGGCAAGCAUUGCUGGCCAAGAAAGUGAAGCCACCGUUUGUUCCCACCAUCCGGGACCGGGAGGAUGUCAGUAACUUUGACGAGGAGUUCACGGCAGAGGAAGCAACGCUGACCCCACCGCGGGAACCCAGGAUUCUCACAGAGAAGGAGCAGAUUCUGUUCAAGGAGUUUGAUUAUGUCUCAAAAUAUUGUUAAUGUUCUUCAACUGCCUUGCCCAGGAAUAAUUCUAGUCACUGGUUUUGUAUUUUCAAAUCUUAAAAGCGGCCGAUGUCUGUGGAACGACGCUCUGAAAUGUGAUGCAAUCCCUCUGCUUUUUCUUCAAAAAAGCUUUUAUUUAUAUAUUUUUUG